GUGAACCAAUACAGUAUGAAUACCCGCGGCAAUCAGGGGAUCCAGCUGAAUACGAUCACACAGCGACUGCUGGAAGAAGACUGGGCGCUUGUAUACCAGCAUGCUUCGCUUGUCAGGUCCCUCGAGAUUCAUUCGAGCUAUGCAACCACGUACUCGGAAUGUGACCGGCGAGCAGUGGCAACAAUAACUGCAUGCCCUCCGUCGCGUUGCUUACUGCCAAACCUGCGUAGCCUACGCGUCGCUAUUGUAUCAGGUCUACACAAAGGCCGACACCUCGAUUCGUUUCUCAGCAUGCUCCUUUCCCCCACCGUUAUCGGCGACCGGGUCGAAGACCUCAGCUACGACUGCAGUUGCGUUGCGCAUUACAAAAGCGAGAUACACGCGGCUAUGCUGGCCGAAACUGCGGUAACCCGAUGGAGUCAUCUGAAAUCGGUCAACCUAGACCUCGAGAGGUGCAACCCUAGUCUGUUGGCCAUGUUUUCUCAGAUACCCACCCUGCAGUCGCUGGAACUGGGGUUUCGGGACGUCCCGGCUACGCCCGAUAUCAUGCCAGCGUCAUUGACACCUGGUUUUGCUUCCCUCCGUACCCUGGGCUUGCACGCAGUCUUCUGCCUGGAUAUAGCAGCCGUAUUGCGAUCCUGGGACUUCCGCGCUCUAACGCGCCUUUCCGCCAGCCAAGUCGACUGUGACCAUCCCGACGAACUGCAGGAAUUUUUCCAAGCCGUCCAUGACUGCGUUGCCCACGAUGCACUCAGGGACCUCUACGUCGAAACGACCUAUGCCGAUAUUGCACCGCUCUUCUUUGUGCAUAUGAAGCCGCUCGCUGUCUUCCGCCGCCUGGUCAAAGUACGCAUCGACCUUGCCAAUGGGCUAUCGCUCACAGAUAGUGAACACGCGCUGGUGGCGGCAUGGUGGCCCGAGGCUGAAUUCAUCGACUUUGUUACAGAAUCGUAUGAUGACACUCGGGAUCCUGUCAUUGCGUCUCUCGAAGCACUCAUACAUUAUGCACGAUAUUGCCCUCGUCUCCGACACAUGCGAUUGCCCCUGCUGGCACAUCCUCCUAUCCCAGAAUUACCUGCGGACAUGCCGUCACACGCAGCAGGCCAUCCGCUCACUCGCCUGGGUGUCGGAUACUCUCGCUUAGAAGCCGAAAACGUUUCGGACGUCGCGCGGUUCCUCAGGAAUGUCUUCCCUCAGCUACACGAAGUUGAGUACUCGACCUAUCGAGGGAAGUGGAGCUGGGGGGACGUCAACGCUCUUUUGGAGCAGGGACACGUGAAACGGUCUCCGAUGUAAAGGGCUAUACACGUAUGUCGCAGCAUUUCCCCAUGCCAUAUAUUAUGAGUUGUUUUCGUUC